AUGGCCCUCAGGAGGUUCCUGCAGCAGAACCACAGUGCCAGCUCCGAGAGCCCCAGUGCUGGUCCUGCUGACGGGGAACAAGCUCUGCCCAUGGACAGGAGGAGGAUCCAGCACAUGGCCAACACGGUGGGGACGCUGCCCCGCGGGCCCAAGCAGCUUGCCUUAGCCAGAUCCAGCUCCUUGGGUGACCCCUCCAAGCCACAAAGACACCUCGUUGCUAUAUUGAAAGAAGAUAAAGAGACAUUUGGGUUUGAAAUCCAGACUAUUAGGUUUCCACACCAAAAUGAUUUCUCCCUGGAGACAUGCACUUGUGUUUGCAAAAUUCAAGAGGAGAGUCCUGCCCAUCUCUCUGGCCUUCAAAUUGGCGACAUCCUCUCCAGCAUCAACGGCAUCAACACCAAGGGCUUCAGUCACAAGCAGAUCGUGGACUUGAUAAAGUCUUCAGGGAACUACUUGAGGUUAGAGACUGUCAACGGGGCCCUGUUCCUGCGGAAAAUGGAGCUGGAGACCAAGCUGCAGGUGCUCAAG